AAACUUGACAACACCCAAGAUACCCCAGUUAUUGGUUGGUUUUGACUCGUUCCUUAGUCGAAACAAUGCUCAAUUGAAUACCAAAUUACAUCCAUCGAUAUGUCUUCCAGUAUGCUCUUGUUUGGUUUUCAGUGAUAUAAACACAUCAACAACUGUCUUCUAUCCUAUCCAUUCAUCUGAAUCUGCAUUCACAAAAUAAUAACUGCUUUGACUCACUUACACAAUGGAUAUCAAUCAACUGUUUUGGAGACAGUAUCACAACAAUGAUGCAAAUAAAGUUCAAGUGAUACCAUCCCAGAAAUAUCCCAUUGACAAGCUUCCUUUUGAGUUGGUCAAGGCAAUAUUCAAUCAAUUGCCAAUGGACAUAUUGUGGCUAUUCAGCUUAUCCAACAGCAAUGUGAUUACGUUUGCAGCAUCAUCAUUACUAUUCAGAGGCAACAAAUGGCCCAUAAUCACUAGUUUAUAUGAACUUGGACUAUCCAUCAGAAUACAACAUUUGCUAGGGCAAUAAAACGACCACUUUUCUAUCUCACGGAAACGGUGCGGUUUCUACAAGUGGGAAGAACAAGUACCAAUUUGUAAUUUCAAAUUGAAGUUAUUUUUAUUCCACUCGAGUGGCUGAAUAAUUUACUAAUUACAAUGCCAUUGAGUGCGAUUUUAAAUGCUCUCCAUUAACAGUGCCUGUCAGUUGAAAUUGACAAAAUUCUAGUGACAUGUACAGACUGUUUUUACAUUAGUAUUUUGUUAUCAUAAACGGACAGGCACUCCUAAAAUAGGUUAUCCAGCAGUAAAUUUCUAAAAACAGGAUCUUCAUAUCCGCACUGUCUCCGUAAGACGGAAAAUUGACCUAGUAAUAAUCC